CAGCUUGAGAACCGAGAGAGCUACGGAUCCAGCCACUCAGCCCAAGCCUGGAGAACCACCGGCAUUGCCACAAAGUAAAAAGCAGGAGGAGAACGACGUGAUCCAUGUUUAACAAAAGAAUGUGUGAGCUGGGAGGCGGGAGGGUAACUACCUGCGGAAAGUGAACUUUCUUGAUAUCCCUGCAUGGAUGUAAACUCAGCCCAGCCUUUGAUGUUCAGCAACUGAUCACCGAUCAGAUUACAGGCAUUUCAUCUCCCUGCUCGUCUGCCUUUGAUCUGCAUGGUUAAUUUUAUUUUCCUGGAUUUGAAGUUUCGUCUGGGCUUGUGCUGACAUACAUUUUUGGGAAGGCAGAAGCAUUUGGCAUACAAGUGCUGCCAAGGAGAAACUAAGUUGCCGAAAGGAAUGAUGGCUUCAAAAAUACAACUAGAACAAGAGAAAACAUUUUUCACCAUUAUAAUUUUACUAGGCUAUUUGUCAUGCAAAGUGAUUUGUGAAACAGGAGACUGUAGACAGCAAGAAUUCAGAGAUCGUUCUGGAAACUGUAUUCUCUGCAACCAGUGUGGGCCAGGCAUGGAGCUGUCUAAGGAAUGUGGCUUCGGCUACGGGGAGGAUGCACAGUGUGUGACAUGCCGGCCGCACAGGUUCAAGGAGGACUGGGGCUUCCAGAAAUGCAAGCCAUGUCUGGACUGUGCACUGGUGAACCGCUUUCAGAAGGCAAACUGCUCAGUCACCAGUGAUGCCAUCUGCGGGGACUGCUUGCCAGGGUUUUACAGGAAGACGAAACUCGUCGGCUUUCAAGACAUGGAGUGUGUGCCUUGUGGGGACCCUCCUCCUCCUUACGAACCACACUGCACCAGCAAGGUCAACCUCGUGAAGAUCGCAUCCACAGCAUCCAGCCCGCGGGACACAGCUCUGGCAGCCGUCAUCUGCAGUGCUCUGGCCACUGUCCUGCUCGCCCUGCUCAUCCUCUGUGUCAUCUACUGUAAGAGGCAGUUCAUGGAGAAAAAACCCAGCUGGUCUCUGAGAUCACAGGACAUUCAGUACAACGGUUCUGAGCUGUCGUGUUUUGACAGACCUCCGCUCAGCGACUGUGCUCACAGAGCAUGCCACCAAUGCCACCGAGACCCGGCCCAGGCCUGCGGGCCUGUCCACCUGAUCCCGUCCCUGUGCUGUGACGAGGCCUGCAGCAGCGGCCGGGCCACUCUUCAGGAGAGAAAUGCAGGCCCAGCGGGGGAGACCAUGCCGACUCCGUUCAGGUCCCUUUCGCGGUCCUUCUGUGGCGAGUUUUCAGACGCCUGGCCUCUGAUGCAAAGUCCCACGGGUGGUGACGACAUGUCUUUUUGCGACUCUUAUCCUAAACUCGCUGGAGAAGAUAUUCAUUCUGUCAGUCCAGAAAAGGAAAGCUCAGCCUCUUUGGAUUCAAACAGUAGUCAGGAUUUGGUUGGUGGAGCUGUUUCAGUUCAAGCUCAUUCUGAAAACUUUAUGGAAACUACUGAUUUAUGUAGAUAUGACAACAUACUGACAGCACCGGCACUAACUCGGGCUGCACCAGCUGCCAGAUGGCAGCGAGGUCAGGAGAGCGGUGAUGUCCAGGAAGCUUGAAGGACUGACUGGCUUCUUUCUGCAGUGGAAGUGUGUUCGUGGAACUCAAAAGGCACCCCCCGCAUCAGGCUUAUGGACUGGGCACAGUCUAGACCUUGCACGGCUUCUCAGGGGAAAAUAAAUCUGAACCAAACUGACAGCAGUGUAAGCCUUUCAACUGGUUGCCUCUGAGCUAGACCAGCUGUAAGCUGAAACCUCAACAAAUAACAAGAAAAGACUUCAGGCGGACUCAUGAUAUUUUGCCUCUUUCCUAAACUAGAAGCUUCUCUGCUGCAAGAGUGACUUCAAAGACUGAUGGGUUGAGAUUGCAGACAUUUAACAAGGAGCAGAAAUGCAUUAGUGCUUAUUUUCAUGGUGAAUGUGGUUUUAUAAGACCGAAGACCCAGAGUAUAAGUUUUCACUUACAUUUUCUUUUCAGAAAUAAUUGCAUAUAGUCUGUUAUCCUACUAACAGUCAAUGCCAGAUUAAUUACCCUAGUGUUUAUGUAGAAUAGGUUCAAAAGUGAAUGUUUCUAUUUGAGAAAGUCACUUUAGCAUGUAAACUGAUUAGCUUAGAUGGUUAGAAUUGACUUCAUACUGCCUGCCUAAGUCUUGGGCUUGUUAGAUGAAGUUUACUGACCUGACUAGGAAUUGGAGGAGAAUAAGUCUUUUCCAGAGUCUACACUUCUAACCUCAGCCUUUGUCUCAUGACACCUGCAGUGAUAGGAGCCAGAGAGGCUGGGUUAGGAAUGUGGUUGGAAAAGGACGGCUCAUCGCCCUCAGUUAAAAACCACUUAGCGCACAGAUCCUAGAGACCUGCAUGCAAAGAUUAGCAUAUUUAUGUGAAGAUUAGUUGACAUGGAAGCAUGUGUUACAUCUGUCCCUUUGCCUGACUUAAAAGAUGCAGAAGUUCUUUUCCAGAAAAGUGGUGUCUAUAUACAUAAUGAUCUUUUAUCCACAUUGUAUCUUAUACUAAAGGCUUUAGAAAUUACAGCACAUCAGGGUCCCUGACUACUGAAGUAGUCUUCAGUGCGAAUACACUACAUACCAGAACCAGAAGAAAAAGCACAAUUUGUAGGCAGGGUUUAGGUGAACAGUCUGUGAGUAGUGUCGUUUGACCAGGAUAUCGUAGUACUUGCUCCAAUCUUGUAAGAUUAGUUAGCACAGAAUCUCCUACAUUAGCCAGAUGAUGUUGGAUUUAAGAGCAUAAUGCUUCUAUUAAGACAUUCCAUCCCCUACCACCUUGGUAUUUGCUCACUAGCAUCGUCCCUAGGGCUAAGAAAGGAAUUAACCUGAUACAGCCUUGAAGCAGGGAAUGGCUCAUUGGCCCCUAAUCUGCAUGCCCUAGAGAAGACUUAAUUGAGCAGGAUUUAUUUUUUUUCUGCUUGAUCAUACAUGAUCAGAUCUGGCCUUUGUCUUUUAACUGCUCUGUCACGUUUGCACUUAAAAAAGAAAUAGACGUUUGAACAUCAGUAUGUUCGAAUGCACUUAGUAUUUUGUUUUGGAAUUGACCUGCCCAAAUCAGUGUCUUGUACCUGACGUUUAAACUGAAUGUUAAAACUGAUCUGUCUUUCCAAGGACAUUUUUGUCUUUUCACUCAUUAGCCCGUGGUUUUCUCUCUUAUGAGACAGUAAAAUUCAACGGGCCCUCUUGCUUGCGGCCUCUUCUCUGUUCAUGGUUUUUAGUUUUGAUACGUGCUUGCCAGUUUGCCCGUAUCUGGUCCUUCUUACAACCUCAAUUCCUUUCCCUGAAACAGGAGAUGAGGGUGUCUCAUGGUAACCCGUGAUCGUUCACGUCUCUCUAGCACCUCGUCAUAAUUGGUUGACUUUUUCUUUUUUUUCCUUUUUUUACGUUAAACCAGUGGUUAUUAAACCUUGGUAGUCACCAGCUCAUAUGAAAAUUGCCUUUAGGAAGCUCAUAUAAAAUAUCUUGGAUUUGACCACAAGACAGCUACGAAAGUGCACGUAGAGUUUCCUUGAGGGGCUCCUCUGUAAUUCACAUAUGUGUGCCGCUGCUUCCAACCUGAUCAUUUCUGUUAUGACAGAGGGAUGAUCAAAGUAGGUCAGGGUUGUGUUCUUUUGUGUAACCUGAAUAUAUUUUCCAUAUGUUGAGCCUUGAUUAACUUCAAAGACAAACACUUGCUGGAGAAAGCCAGAUUGAUGGGAAAGAGACUUUGGCAAAAACUCCUGAAACAUCACUUUUGAUCAGUAGAGAAAUGCGUAGGGUUGAAAAUUGAUUGCAUUUGAUACUGCAUUUGAAAAAUCGUGGGCUAUUUUUGUCCAGAUGAAGACAUUUUACCACUACCUGCUCUAAAAACAUAAAUAAUGUUAUAUUUUUACACUCUUGUAAACACUUGAGAAAAAAAUCCAAUUUGCGUUUCACAUUAUUGGAAUAUCCUACAGCACUCAAUACUUUAGCUGCUAGAGUGCUGCUGUCAGGAAACCUGCACUGGGUACUGUGCACGGCGAGUGGGCAGAACUGUGGCUUUUCUCACUGCCGAAGCUCAAGGACAAGAAAGAGACAAGGAUUUCAAGAGCAACCAAGUAAAGUCAUGGGUUUUCUAACUUUGUGUUUGUGGAGUAUAUUUUUUAAAUACUGAUUUUUCUACUUUAGAUAAAGAGUGAAUAUUGCUGUUACCUAGGUUAAGCAGACUGUCUGUGCUAGCAAAGGAAAGGAAAGGAAAGGGAAAAAAUCCAUUACUGCUUUAAGAUAGCUUGCAUCUACUUAGAUUUCAUCAUGUCUAUUUUGCAUACUGGAAUUUGUCAAUUUGUAAAUUAUCGUUUUCUUACACAAAUAGUUUUGUAAUACCUCUUUUUUAAGAAGUUUGUGAAUAAAAUUGUUACUUGGUAUUCUUA